AUGUCCUCCUGGUCUGCUUCGUCAUACCCUCCUCCGCCCCGUCGUUCUCGUUCUCGUUCUCCUCCACGCGGAGGGUACUCCUCAAGCAGGCCGUACCCUGACUCUUACCCGGACUCAUUCAGACCAGACUGGGACCCCUACGAACGGGAGAAGUACUACGAGCGCGACCGCAUGCCUUACGACUAUGGAAGGAGAAGGAGUCGUAGUCCUCCAAUGGAUGAUACAGGCAGAAAGCGACGAAGAUCGAUGUCACCGUAUGACAGAGAACGAUACGACCCACGGCCACGCUUCAGCGAUGACUACGAUGCGCAUUCGCGCUAUGGGUACUCUUCACCACGUCGUCACUCAGGACCCUUCCCACCUUCUCGGAGAGCUCCGCCCGACCCGCACACCUUUGACUAUCCAGCAUCUCUGAAGCAAUAUGCGGACUGGUUCCGUUAUUUCUACCCGCAGCAAGCCAUCGAAGAAGACAAUGCGGACAAAGCUGCUGAGCAGGAGGCAGGUGACGGCUCAAAGCCUCGUAACGGCAUCAAAAGUAGAUGGGAGAAGUACAAGAAGGAAUUCUCUGCAACUCAGCUUCAAACGAUGUUUGAACACCAUAGGAAAUCGCCAUGGUUUGCCGAAAAAUAUGACCCAGCACCAGAGUUCGAAAACCUUCGUACCCGCGUGAGAAAGGAAGGUUGGAAAGGCCGCCUUGGCGCCUUUUUGCAUGACCUCGAGUCUGGCAAAUUCGACCCAGACCUGCGUGAAUCCGAAGCUGCACCAACGUCGCCUGGGAAGGAGAAUGGCAAUGUCGACACUGUUGCUGAUGGGAAUGUGUUGACGGACGACACUAAGAUUGGUCUGGGCGACGAUGACAUGCAGUUUAAUCCAGAGCCAGAGGACGAUGCUGGUGAUCAGGAUGGGGGACGACCAGAGACGAAUGGAAAGUCAGUUGGCUUCAAUAAACAGAACAACCGCGGAGAGGAAAUUUCGGUUCCACCAGAAGGAAAUCAGGUGAUGAUUCGCACCAUCCCCCCUGAUAUCGGUCGCGUGAAGUUGGAAGAGGCCUGCUCUAAAAUUCCUGGAUAUAUCUAUAUUGCUCUCGGAGAUCCUUUGCAAAAACGCAACUAUUAUCGUGCGGGCUGGCUUAGAUUCAAAGACGAUGCGGAUAUGUCCGCUGUUAUAUCUGAGCUGUCUGAGAAAAAGAUUGAAGGUUUUAAGUUGCACGUAACACAUAAUACUCGACCAUUCGUAAACAAAAUUCGGUUUACACCAGAACUUGCCAGCCGGCCUGAUAGGCUGUCCAAGGAUUUGGACAAUGCCAAACUACUUGCUGCAGUCCUAGAGGAACAGGCGGCUAGACUCCGACAUUGGAAACCUUCGACCUCGUCAGCCGCAACAGACGCGACAAAUGGUGACGCAGAACGUGUCAAGGAUGAAACUAACGGGGACGCUUCGAUGGCUGAACCCGAAGAGGUGGAGGAGGAACCGAAAGAGCGUGGAAGUGAGGCUGUGGAGAGGCGGAUUGAAAAAAUCAUGGCGGAGAUGAAGGAUCAGGGUCUUGUGGAUACGAUGGAUGAUAAGGUUUAUGAAGCCAAAAAGGUCGUUAUAUCUCUUGACAUGUACCUCGCAUAUCUGCGGGCUGCAUUUCACACAUGCUAUUAUUGUGCAGUUGUCACCGAUCAUCUUGAAGAACUACAGCGUAAGUGUAUCAAGCACCAAAGGAAGCUGUUGUCGAAGUUGCUCCUUGACGAGAUCAAAUCUGCUGAGGCUGAGAAGGAAAAGAAAGCCAAAGAAGAGGACAGCGAAACACCCGUUGACGGGGAUGAUAAGGCAAAGGUCAAGGAGAAAGAGAAAGAGUCUAAGAAGCACGAUAAUAGGGACUGGAAACGCAAUGACGAAAGAUGGCUUGAAUGGCUGGACUCUAAGAUUGCACUUCUUACCGAUCGCGAAGGCGUCGAUCCUCGUGAAUACGGUGGCAAGAGCUAUGAAGACGAGCUGAGCAAGAUUGUGGAACCAUACAUUAAACAAGAAGAUGAGGGUAAAUUCAGGUGUAAGACAUGUCAGAAGCUAUUCAAGGCGACAUCAUUCGUCGAGAAACAUAUCGCAAACAAGCAUCCCGAGCUGGUCAAGCCACUGGACGAGGUCCCCUACUUCAAUAAUUUUGCCUUAGAUCCUCAUCGAAUCCAACCUUUUGCCCACCCACCUGCUUCCAUUGGCAACAGUAGCCAAGCUCCUCCUCAGGCUUAUGGAUUGCAAGGUCCUGUCUCUUAUCACGGCGCCGAUUAUGGACGUGGCGGCCCUUACUACGGAGGUAACUCCUAUCCUCCUGCUGGUUAUCCUCCACCUCCCUACCACAACAGCUGGGAUACCCAUCCUGGAGGUGGCUACCCAGGAUCCUACCUCUCUUCGGCCUCCUCGCGACGAGAUGAAGGUUCAGGCAGGAGGUUGAGCGACCGCAUCAGCGGUUUUGCGCCGAACGAGGGUUCUGUGAUUCCCCCUGGCGCAGGCCUACCACCUAAACCUACACCCGCAGCACUAGAUACAGCCCUUGCAGCUGGGAACCCUUCGUUGACAAGGAGGAAUAAUCGCAACGGAACCAGUCAGCCUACUGGCCCGCCUCCCCCACCGCCUCCAGACGCCAAGGAAGACCCACGGGCCGCUGCUGGCAAGAGGGUUAGCUACCACGACAUGGAUCUGGUAGCAGAGGGCGAUGUUGAACUGAUGUAUUAA